AUGGGAUACAGCCACGACUCACCCGACAUUCCGCCUUUCUCAGCAGCGGCUCACGAGCUAUUCCGGGGAUUCUCGUUCGUUUCACCGGGCGUGGUAGAUGAAAAGAAGGACGAUAAGAAAAUUCGAACUAUUCCGACGGCAAAGACACAUCCCAUCACGGACGACUACAUUUUGAAAGAAGUGAGUUUUUUUGGGCACCCAAGAAUGCCAUUUUUGGAUGACUCGAAGGUUAUCAGUGGUGACUCACCCGCAGUUCCGCCCUCAGCAGCGGCUCACGAGCUAUUCCGGGGAUUCUCGUUCGUUUCACCGGGAGUGGUAGAUGAAAAGAAGGACGAUAAGAAAAUUCGAACUAUUCCGACGGCAAAGACACAUCCCAUCACGGACGACUACAUUUUGAAAGAAGAAGUCGGAACUGGGACAUUCUCGAUUGUUCGACGCUGCAUAAUGAAAACGACGAAGCGCGAGUUUGUCGUCAAGAUCAUCAAAAAAUCGGUCUGUGAUCCAUGUGAAGAGGUGGACAUACUUCUACGCCACGGACAUCAUCCGCAUAUUGUGAAGCUCUUUGAUGUUUACGAAGACGAAACAUAUGUCAACCUUGUACUUGAGUACUGCCGCGUGGCGAAAUGCUUGACAGAAUUUGAAGAUUCAUUUUUUUGCAGAAUUCUGUCUAAGAAAACGUUUACCGAACGUGAAGCAGCCGCAUCAAUGGCAAACCUGGCGAGCGCCGUGUGCUACCUGCACUCGAACCAGGUGGCUCAUCGUGAUCUGAAGCCGUCGAACAUCAUGUACGCGUCCAGCAGCUGCGAAUCGGACUCGCUGCGCAUCAUCGAUUUCGGCUUCGCCAAACAGUCUCGAGCCGAAAACGGCAUGCUGAUGACGCCGUGUUAUACGGCCCAGUUUGUCGCUCCGGAAGUGCUGAAGCGCCAAGGAUAUGAUAGGUCGUGUGAUGUGUGGUCUCUAGGUGUCUUACUCUACACAAUGCUAUCUGGCCAGACGCCAUUCGCAAUGGGACCUAACGACCCGGCUGACGAGAUCCUCAAACGCGUUGGUGAAGGGCGUGUCACGAUGGAGGGCAAGGCCUGGGAGGACAUCAGCGACAAUGCGAAGGACCUUGUUCGCAAGCUGUUGGACGUGGAUGCUUCGCGGCGCCCCGCUGCAAAGCAAAUCCUUCAACAUCCUUGGAUUACUCAUAGAAACAGCAUUCCGGCAACCACAAUUGUAAAUAAUGUGUACAACGUGGAAUCAGUCAAGGGCGCUCUUGAGCAGACCUACCGAGCGCUGACAACGACCAGUACCGUCAAUCUCCGUCCAGUGAACGCUUCGGCUUUGGCGAAGCGACGACUGACUCAGUUGCCAAAGAUGGGCGUUUGCUCAUCCUGA